UAGCAAAAGAGUCACAUUUUGGGAUAUACAGAGAAUGUAAAUUGUUUUGUUGUCAUUUGUUUCUUGACAAUGGUACGAGUCAGUACCGAAAGCUCGAAAUUGUUGAAUAAAAUUAUUGAAUUUAGUUAAAAUUCUUAAUAUGUAUUGUGUUGUGGUCUUAUACAAAUUAUUUCACUUUAUUAUUCCUACCGCUAUACUUUCUAAUUAUAUGAAAUUAGUUUUCUAAACAUCAUAAAAAGAUUAAAUAAUUUAGACAACUGUAAUUUUGAGUCAUCUUUCUUUGUCAGUUAUUCUAAUAUGUCAUGUGAUAUUAGAAUAGUAUGACGUUUUAAAUAAAUAUCUUUUUUUAUUUUUAUUAUAGUUAUUAUACAAUACUUCUCUUCUCUCCUGAGGCUGUUUAGAAGUUAGCAUUCUUGACACGACCGAUGUUUCUCAUUUCAAACCUGAACUGUCGAGUUCUACUUUAAAAUAAUUUUCUUUUAUACUAAACAAUCUUCUUCGCCUCAUUUGUAUCAAUCAGUAUUUUCUAUUUAAACACACUUUAUAUUAUACUAAAUUAUUUAACAAAAAUAUUUUAAUUCUGUAUCUGAAAUUUUGCUUUUUGUUUUUAUAUUUUUGAUAAUCAGUGCUCAUCAUUUUCUCAUUCAUCAUCAUUGUUAUAGAACAAAUUUAUGUUGAACUUUUUUUUUGUCCAUAUACCAUUUGUAUCAUGUAAUGUUGAGUAUUCAAAUAUUUAUACGAGAUAACAAAUUUAUUUAACAAAUAUAAUUUACUCACAAAUAGGUGUACUUUCCCACAAAAUCAUUAACAAAUUGUUUUUCAAGUUGAUUUUAUUCUGAAUAUUCAGAGAUAUUAUUUAUUUUUUUAAAUAUUAGGAAAAUUAUUAUAUUCAAAACUUCAUAAAAACUAAUAUUACUAAAUAAUAUGAAAUUACGCUGUAUGAAGUUAUUACAUGAUCUAUGAAUUAAAGUGACGAGACUUUCGCUCGCUUUGCUCUUUAAGCUUGAAAAAUAGCAAAAGCGUUCGUUAUUCGAUAAAAUCAUGCUGUGAAUAAAAUAUAACACAAUUAAAUAACUUUUCUAAUUAAUAUCUUAUUUUUUUCUAAAAUAGAUACAUGUUUUUAUCUUCUCAUCGUUUCUGUAGCUUUUUUUUUCUUCUUGUUUUUGUUUUAAUAUUUUUGUACUAAGAAAAAUUAAAUAUACUUGUGUUUCUGCUUGCAUACGUACUGCCUACUUCCAAAGAAUAUGUUCGGUCAACGUCAUCUAUCUGCUAAAAGUUGCUUCCUUUAUUUAUAUUGAUGCGAGAAAAACAUAAUUCUAGUAAAAAAUAAGAUAACUUUUAUUUGUGAUGUUCUUCAGUUAUGAUAAAAAAACUUUGUCUUGCCACCCUCAAAGUAGUCGAAAGAUGUAACAAAAUUUUUACUAUUACUAUUUGAAAUAAUGUUAACAUAAAUUUUCUCUAGACUAUAUCGAAGAAAAUGCCUAAUGAAUUAUGUCUGAAACCAUUGGAUUCUGCUCGCUAUGUAAUGCAACAUGCUAAACAUGUAUCGAUCAGUAUUGAUGGUAUAAAAAAAGUGGCAGCUAUGAUUUCUAACAAGAUAAUGGAUGGUGAAUGCACAAUUGAAGAAUGGUCAAAAAAACCCUUACAUCCAAAAGAAGCAAAUGAACAAGCAAUCGAUUGGAUAUUUUUGGUUGAUACAUUGAAUUUUUCAUUUUGGUCUGAUAGUAAUGAUUCGUAUGAAAAAGUCUACAAGGGAAAACGAUAUCAUGGCUAUGAGGCAUUAUGUGCUGCCAUUAAUCAAGCUAUUGACAAUGGUAUCGACAUUUUAAAUGCCUCCUAUUAUUCUCAAAUGACAAUGACGGAUUUCAUAAAAAUAUUUCAAUCUGAUUCUUCAUACGAGAUGCCAUUAUUAAAUGAAAGAUUACAAGUUUUACAUGAAACAGGACAAAUUCUUAUUGAUAAAUAUUCUGGUCAUUUUUCUAAUUGUAUUCGUCAAGCCAAUUUAAAUGCUCAUACAUUAUUAGAUUUUAUUGUUGAUAAUUUUCCAUCUUAUCGUGAUGAAGCCGUUUAUCAUGCACAACGUGUUAGCUUUUAUAAACGUGCUCAAAUAUUAAUUGCUGAUAUUUGGGCAUGUUUUCGUGGUCAAGAUCUUGGUCAUUUUCAUGAUAUUGAUACCAUUACGAUGUUUGCAGAUUAUCGCGUUCCACAAGUUUUAUUUUAUUAUCACGUAUUGAUUUAUACCGAUAAAUUAGUGGCAAGAUUGAAGCAUGAAAUGUUACCAAAUGGUGAUAAAGAUGAGGUCGAAAUCAGAGCAGCAGCAAUCGUGGCCACUCAGUUAAUCGUAAAUUGUAUUAACGAAGAAUUACCAUUAGAAAAAGAUUUGGGUGAUGGUGGAAGUCGUAUCAAUAAUAUAUUAGUCGAUUAUUAUUUGUGGGAUUUGAGGCGGGAAAAGCAAGUCGAAUUGAUAGAAACACCAUUCCAUAGAACAAGAUGCAUUUAUUAUUAA